AUGACGGCCAUGCCCAAACGCGAAUAUGAUGACCAAGAUAGCGCUCGCGUCAAGCGUGCAAAGACGGGAUCCAACGGCGAGGCCAACAUGGACGUAGCGGCGAAUCCUUACCUGGCGCACUGGGACGAGAAGCCGGUCAAGAGCGAGUAUAGCGGUUCGGGAAGCGGAUUGCAGGGCUUCAAGCGCCAUGCGACGACGACUGCGCAGGCCAAUGCAGCCGAAGAUGGCCCCAACAACGCCUUCACCGGCCGCCCGCUCUCGAGCAAGUAUAUGAGCAUCCUCAAGAAGCGACGAGACCUGCCCGUGCACCAGCAGCGCGAUGAGUUCCUCAAGCUCUACCAAGAGUCGCAGAUUCUCGUCUUUGUUGGUGAGACUGGUUCCGGAAAGACAACACAGAUUCCACAGUUUGUGCUUUUCGACGACCUCCCCCAGCAAAAUGCGAAGAUGGUGGCGUGCACGCAGCCACGUCGUGUCGCCGCCAUGUCGGUGGCGCAGCGUGUGGCAGAGGAGAUGGACGUCGAGCUGGGAGAGGAGGUCGGAUACAGCAUUCGUUUCGAGGACAAGACGGGUCCAAACACCAUCCUCAAGUACAUGACGGACGGAAUGUUGCUGCGCGAGGCCAUGAACGACCACAAUCUUACCCGCUAUAGCACCAUCAUCCUCGACGAAGCCCACGAGAGGACGCUGGCUACCGAUAUCCUAAUGGGUCUGCUGAAGGAGGUAGUUCUGAGGCGGCCUGACCUCAAGCUCAUCAUCAUGAGUGCUACUCUCGAUGCCACAAAGUUCCAAAAGUACUUCCACAACGCCCCGCUGCUCGCCGUACCUGGUCGAACCCACCCCGUCGAGGUAUUUUACACGCCUGCGCCCGAGCGCGACUACGUUGAGGCUGCUCUACGAACUGUCCUCCAAAUUCACGCCACUGAGCCCGAGGGCGACAUUCUGUUGUUCCUGACUGGUGAGGAGGAGAUUGAAGAUGCAUGUAGGAAGAUAAAUCUAGAGGCUCAAGACCUCAGCCGGGAGGGUGGUGCUGGACCGCUUGUCGUGUACCCACUCUACGGAACUCUGCCACCUGCACAGCAGCAGAAGAUCUUCAAUCCCGCGCCUCCACCAGCAACACCCGGCGGUCGACCCGGUCGCAAAUGCAUUGUUUCCACAAACAUUGCCGAGACUUCUCUUACCAUUGACGGUAUUGUCUACGUCGUCGACCCAGGUUUCAGCAAGCAAAAGGUUUACAACCCCCGUAUCCGUGUUGAGUCUCUGUUGGUAUCGCCUAUAUCAAAAGCGUCUGCACAACAGCGCGCUGGACGUGCUGGACGUACCCGACCGGGAAAAUGCUUCCGUCUGUACACCGAGUCUGCCUUUAAGAAGGAGCUCAUCGAACAGACCUAUCCUGAGAUUCUGCGAUCCAACCUGGCGAGCACAGUCCUAGAGUUGAAGAAGCUUGGUGUCGAUGAUCUGGUACAUUUCGACUUGAUGGAUCCCCCAGCACCAGAGACGUUGAUGCGCGCGUUGGAGGAGCUCAACUAUCUGGCCUGUCUGGACGACGAGGGUGAACUGACUACCCUUGGAGGGCUCGCCUCGCAGUUCCCUCUGGACCCCGCGUUGGCCGUCAUGCUCAUCACAUCGCCCGAGUUCUACUGUUCAAACGAGAUUCUAUCGCUUACCGCAUUACUCUCCGUCCCCCAGAUCUUUGUCCGCCCGGCCAACAACCGCAAGCGCGCAGAUGAGAUGAAGGAGCUUUUUGCACACCCCAAGGGCGACCAGCUGACUAUGCUUAAUGUCUACCACGCCUUCAAGAGUGAAGAGGCACAAGCCAAUCCAAAGCAAUGGUGCCACGACCACUUCCUAUCAUACCGAGCACUACAACAAGCCGACAACGUCCGUAUGCAGCUCAAGCGCAUAAUGGAGCGAGAGGAGCUUGAGCUCAUGUCAACCCCCUUUGAGAACAAGAAGUACUACGAAAACAUCCAGCGCGCACUUGUAGCCGGCUUCUUCAUGCAAGUCGCUAAGCGCGACGGCAACGGCAAGAGCUACAUCACUGUCAAGGACGAACAGCAGGUUCUGCUACAUCCCAGUACAGUCCUUGCAGAGGAUAGCGAGUGGGUCAUCUACAACGAAUUCGUCCUUACGACCAAGAACUACAUCCGAACUGUGACAUCGGUCAAGCCAGAGUGGCUAAUAGAUAUCUCACCAAACUACUACGAUCUGUCGCAGUUUAAAAAGGGCGAAAUCAAGACGGCUCUGCAGCGCGUGGUCACCAAGGUUCAGCGGAAGGAGGCUGAGAAGGGUGGCCGAAGAUAG